AUGGAUGGGGAAAACCAAUCUAUCAUCUCUGAAUUUUUCCUCCAAGGAAUAUCUGAGUCACCAGAGCAACAGCAGUUAGUCUUUGGAAUUUUCCUUAGUAUGUAUCUUGUCACCUUGACUGGGAAUGUCCUUAUCAUUCUGGCCAUUGGCUUUGACCCCCACCUCCACACCCCUAUGUACUUCUUUUUGGUCAACCUGUCUUUUGUUGACAUGGGUUUAACAUCCUCUACAGUUAUCAAGAUGCUGGUGAAUGUACAGACUCAACAUCACACCAUCUCCUAUAUGGGUUGCCUCACCCAAAUGUAUUUCUUUCUGAUGUUUGGUGAUCUGGACAGCUUCUUCCUGGCUGUAAUGUCAUAUGACCACUUUGUGGCCAUUUGCCAUCCUCUCUACUACUCCACAGUCAUGAGCCCCCAAGCCUGUGCCCUGCUGCUUGCAAUAUGCUGGAUCUUCACCAACAUUGUUGCUCUGACUCACACCCUCCUCGUGGCUCAGCUGUCCUUCUGUGUCAUUGGGGAAAUAGCUCACUUUUUCUGUGACAUAAUUCCUGUCCUAAAGCUGUCAUAUUCUGACACCCACAUCAAUGAGUUGAUGGUGUUUGCCUUAGGAGGCACAGUACUCAAUGUCCCCUUUAUAUGCAUUGUCAUCUCCUACAUCCACAUUGUAUCAGCCAUCCUGAGGGUCCGAGCCCCUUGGGGGGGGGGGGGCAAGGCCUUUUCCACGUGCAGUUCCCACCUCUGUGUUGUUUGUGUGUUCUAUGGAACCCUCUUCAGUGCCUACCUGUGCCCUCCUUCUGUCACCUCUGAAGAGAAGGACAUUGCUGCAGCUGCAGUGUACACAGUGGUGACCCCCAUGUUGAACCCCUUUAUCUAUAGCCUAAGGAACAAAGACAUGAAGGGGACCCUUAAAAGGCUUCUCAGUCACAGGACAAUAUUUUCCUCUUAG